AUGUCUCUAAUCCAUUUGUUCUGCUUCCUUUUGCUUUCUCACCUCGUGCUGAUUUUAUCAGGAGGGUAUGGAAACGGGUACCAGGAUAACUGUCCACACUCAUUCAGCUGUGGAAGUCGUGGGAUUUUUAGUUACCCUUUCACCAAGGCAGACCAACCAAACUGCGGCCUCAUACUCAUACAUAACUGUGAUGACAGUUAUUAUUCACCCAAAUUUAUCCAACUGGAGAAGAAUGCAAGAACCACAGAGCUAGCUGGUCCCGCUAACCAGAAUACCAUUACACUUUCUGAUCAAGAUUUUUAUAAGCGUUUGCAAAAUAACCCUUGUGACACUUUGAAUAGCAGUUAUCCUCUUCCUCCCCCUUCUCCUUUGGUUUCUUUUUAUAUAGUUUAUAAUGUAACUCUCUUCCGAUGCAAUCGCAGCCACAAUAUCGAACCCCCUGCACAAUAUUUUCGAUACCCCUGUUCUUCCGAUGAUAUCUAUUAUAACAGGAAACUAUAUCCCAAUGAUACUAAAGAAAAGGAACGUAGCCUUUUCUCAUCCUGCUUGGUUCUUCAAUUUCCAGCUAAAGACUUGACUGAUACCAAAAACAUUUUAUCAUUUGUAUCUGCUCAGGUGAGUGUUAAAAUAGAAUUAUCUGCUGAUUGUGAAGAGUGCUGCAACCACAGAGGAGGCCAAUGUCGACUUGAUGCCAACAAUAAGUUCUACUGCCAUAAUGUAUCGGGCAAGAAGAAAAAGAGGCUGAUCCGGAGUGUCAAACUGGGUAUAGGAGCCAUGGUGGUGGCUAUUGGAAUUGCAGUGGUUAUAUUGGCUUAUGCAAUUAGGAGAAAUAUCUUUUCUCUGGCGCUUCUUUUGUUUAGGAAGAAGAGUUCAACCCAUCAAAAUAUUAAGGAGUUCUUGAAAGAACAAGGACCUCUUCUUGCUGCUAGGUACAAUUAUUUAGAUGUCAAGAAAAUAACGAACUCUUUUAAAAGUAAAUUAGGCCAGGGAGGAUAUGGAAUUGUAUAUAAAGGGAAGUUACAUGAUGACCGGGUGGUUGCAGUGAAGGUUUUAAGUGAAUCAAAAGGUGAUGGUGAAGAUUUCAUUAAUGAAGUUGCGAGUAUAAGUAGAACUUCGCAUGUUAAUGUUGUUAGACUUUUGGGGUUUUGUUUGGAUGGUUCUAAAAAGGCACUAAUUUAUGAGUUCAUGUCUAAUGGAUCUCUUGAGAAGUUCAUAUAUGAAGACAAAAACUCACGUCAGGAUGAUCUCCAAUUGAAUUGCAAAACAUUAUAUGAUAUUGCAGUUGGUGUGGGUCGUGGAUUAGAGUACUUGCAUAGAGGUUGUAACACGAGAAUUUUGCAUUUUGACAUAAAGCCUCAUAAUAUAUUAUUAGACGAAGAUUUCUGUCCAAAAAUUUCUGAUUUUGGACUUGCGAAAGUAUGUCCCAGAAAAGAAAGCAUUAUAUCCAUAUUUGGUGCGAGGGGAACACCAGGAUAUAUUGCUCCAGAGUUGUUUUCAAGAAAUUUUGGUGGAGUAUCACAUAAGUCAGAUGUUUACAGUUAUGGAAUGAUGGUCUUAGAGAUGGUUGGACGGAGAAAGAACAUUAAGGUUGAAGUUGAUUGUUCUAGUGAAUUAUACUUUCCACAUUGGAUUUACAAGCGUCUUGAAUUGAAUCUGGACCUUGGACUUAAGUGUAUUAAAAAUGAAAUUGAUGAAGAAAUGGUAAGAAAAAUGACAGUGGUGAGUUUAUGGUGCAUACAAACCAACCCUUCAAAUCGACCAUCGAUGCAUAAAGUGGUAGAAAUGUUGGAAGGGAACCUUCAAGUGUUGGAAAUGCCACCCAAACCCUUUUUGUCUUUUCCUUCAACAUCUCCAACCCAUUCAUCAACUGAAAUAUUGUAA